AUGGCAGAAGGAAGGAUUGGUGGACUGAAUGGCUCGAUACCACGUUUGGAUUAUAGUCGAAAUGAGCAGCAGCCACACGUUGCAGUUGGGCGUCCGAUCACUCUGUGGUGUAUGGUGUCGGGUCAUCCACAACCGACAAUUCGUUGGAUGAAAGAUGGCCGAGCUGCUGCAGUCACAAAAAAGAGCGGUGUUCGGUUGAUCGAUGGAGGGCAAGGUGUUUUUGUAUCUUUAAAUAGUAGUGCUUAUGGCUUAGGGAAAAAUAAAAAAAUAAGAUUUUAA